AUGGCUCCUGCAAAGUGCAGCGAGAAGAAGAAGGGCUGGUUAGCCAUCAACGAGGUGGUGACCAGAGUAUACACUAUCAACGUUCACAGGUGCAUCCCUGGAGUGGGUUUCAAGAAGCGGGCCCCUCAGGCACUCAAAGAAAUCUGGAAAUUUGCCGUGAAGGAGAUGGGCAUUCCAGAUGUACGCACUGACACUAGGCUCAACAAAACUGUCUGGGCCAAAGGAAUAAGGAGUGUCCCAUACCGUAUCCCUGUGCGGUUGUCCAGAAAACAUAAUAAAGAUGAAGAUUCACCAAACAAGCUCUAUACGUUGGUUACCAAUUUACCUGUCACCACUUUCAAAAAUCUGCAGACAGUUAGUGUGGAUGAGAACUAA